AUGGAAGCAACCGCUCCGGCCGCGGACAGGGACGCAGAGAUCGAGAGGCUGCUCGAGGCUCCGAUGACGUGGAUCGGCACGUACAUCGCCGCCGCAUCUCUAAUCUGCGCGGCAGCGAUGGCGGCCGACACUCUGAAAGGAAUAUGGAAGAAGAAGCUCUGGUUUCCGUCGAGAUAUUUCUCCCUAAACGCAACUUCGCUGGCGCUGCUCGCGGUAGCGAUGAAGCUGCCGGUAGAUCUCACCACUCGAAUGUACACCGUCACCGACCGCCUCGCGAAGAUUAGCAGCCUCGCGUUCAUGUCCGCCGCCAUGGCCAAUUUCCUAACAUCGAUUGGCUCCAUGGCUGACAAGGACGUCUUCUCCAACGUCACCGCGUUAGCCAUUCUGGUGAUCACAGUCGUUGUGAACGUGUUCGUACAGGUAGUCCAGAUGCAUUCCUAUCUGCAGACUAGGCGUGCGUUUCUCGAAGAAGUUGUCGUCAUUGCGUUGAUGCUGUUCCUCCUUCUCAUGUUCAUCUCGUCCACCGUGAUGAUCCUAUCCACCAAAAGGUAUCUGGAGAGGAAAUACCACGAGAUGCAUAGAUCCGCCUUGAAUGAAGAUGAAGGAUUUGAUGUGAUUACCACUGAGAAACUGAGAGUGUUGAUCAAAAAGCAUUGGGUGAUCGCAGGAACCGGCAAUCCUGAGUUUGUGGUAGCUCGAUCCGUCACCUGCACCACAUCUGGUGUGUUGACGUUGAUGAUUGCUCUGGUUUUGUUGGAAGCUGAGUGCCGGAUGGCGAAGGAGUUCGGCUUCAACAUACUAGAUGAGGCGAAUUCUAGUUACGGAUGGUCGACAAAGUUUGUGCUUCUUGUUCAAACUGCUGGAGUGAUCGUUGCCACGAUUGCUCCGACCGUCAGAUGGUUCAUUGCUACAAAGUAUAGCUUCCUAGAUAAAGGAAGAAUGAGUAUUAAUGGUGCAGUGAGUGUUGAGAGCUAUUGGACUCAGAAAAUGGUGGAGUUGAGGCAGAGCUCUUUAUGUCUACAAAUUCCAAAUCUCAAGAGCAGGAAAGUUGUUCAUGUUUUGAGAGGGCAGUUUCUGCAAUUCUGCAUUUAUGCUCAGAAUCUGAUUGUUCUUGCUAGCAAGCUACUCCUUCUCUCCUCUCUCUGUUUCACUGCCCCAGUUAUGCCAUGUCUUAACUAUGUAAGAGAGUUGAAGAGGCGGAAUCGCGUAUCUCAAGCUGAUUCGGAGCUUGACUUCAGCCAGUAUGUGAUGCUGCUAGAGGGAGAAGCAGAGCUUCCUGCAGAAACUCUGGAGAAUAUCUGCGAAGAAGUUGAUCAAGUCAUUGAUAAAGCUAAGAUGAGGAAGCCCGAGAAUUUGCUCAAACUUCUCUCCAAAUCUUGCAGCUUCAAAGGGGUGGCAGAAUUUGAGAGCAAUCAGAUUCCGAGCCUACAUUCUCAAGAACUCCCUCAUUGCUGGUCUCUACCUCUGGUGACACUCUCCUGCGUCGCGCUAGCAUUUCCCAACGUGGAGAAGAGCAAAUCCGAACUUCUCCUGAGAGGCGUCACGGAAGGGCUUCGCCUCGUGAAGCUAGUGGAUAAGAUUCUUGAUAAAAAAGGCUGUUUAGCAAAUAUCAGAGCCGCAGCAGAUGUGGUUUGGGUGAGAGUUGAACUUUACCACAUGUGGCAAGAUGAAGAUCUUCAUGGAUCAUGUCUCAAAGGGAAGAAUGCAGUAGAAAUACUAGGUGAGCUCUCUAGUAAAGCUGAGAAGAUUGUCAUUGAAUUUAUGAAGGAAACAAGAAGCUGCCUAAUGAGAAAUCCUCUAAACUGGCCAGCGGAUGUGAUUGCUGCUGAUUCAAUGUAUAGAGUGAGUAAAACAAUCUUGCUCAACCAUGGAGUUGGUGAAGACAACAAAACAGAGGAGGCGUUGUUUGAGGAAUUAUGCGUCAUGAUUGCAGAUAUUCUUGCAGCAUGCCUUACAAAUCUGGUUCAUGUAAUAACUUUCAAGUGUCACAGCAAGAGCAUUGAGAAAAGAGAGAUGAGUGUGCGUAAAGCAGCUCUUCUUCUGGGCGAAACUGAGGAGAUAUCGGUGCUUCUGCAACACCGUCAACUGCAAACAUUGGCUCCUAAGAAGCCAACCAAUAUUCAAGAAUGGAGAGCCUUUAUAGCGUGUAGCAAUCAAAGUCGAGACCAGAGCUAA